AUGGAACCUAAGGUGAACGUGUAUAUGUUGCAAACUGGUGAUGAUGCCUGGCACAAACAUCUCACCUUGGGGUCAGACCGCCUCCUGCAUCCACAAUCUAGGCCGAAAGGCGUACUUGUUGACAACAAAAUGUAUUUCGCGACUGACAAUGCAAUUGUUGUCCUAGAUUUGACAUCCUCAAUCUUAUCGACAAUUCAGCUCCCACACGGGGUGGGUUUUGACCUAGGCACCACCAUGUUGUCGUGGGUCGAUGAUGGUUCUGGUGUAUAUCUCAUCCAUAUCAAGGAGCUUCAACUUCAUAUCUGGCUCCACAAUGGGGAUAAUUGGUUGCUGGUGGACACCAUUUGCUUGAGCGAAACAUGUGCUGGUUUGCUUGAGGAUGAGCCUACUGCUGAUAUCCAGAUAAACCAUGUGGGGGACUAUAAUGGGUUUGUAUUCUUGGAGAUGGGUCGAUCCGAACUCUACUUGGAUGUCAGGCGCAGGAGGCUGUGUAAAGUGUACGAGAUGACAACAGAGGAGAAAUGUUUGGGUAAUAUCUAUCCUUUAAUGAUGACCUGGCCUCCCAUUUUCCCUACUCUCCGUCCUGCAAGGAAUGCCACGUGA